AAUUUGGAGGACAGAUAACCUAUGUCUUAAAAAAAUGUAAGGGGUAAUUUAGGAAAAAAAAAAGAAGCUUAUAGUGACUUUGUGAAAGCAGAAGCUUUGAGACUUUGCCAGAAAAGAAAAAUGACUUCACAAUCCGAAACUUCUAUGCCAUACAAUCUGCAAUAAAUUAACAGAGAGGAAGGGGAAGGAGAAAGAGAAAGAGAAAGAGAAGAAAGUAGCGAGAAUACGUCUGGCUCAAUCAUUUGCCUCUCUUUCAUGAUGGCUUUUAAGAUUCGAAUUUCAAUUUUACAAUCCGAUAAAAAUGAAGAGAAAGAAAGGGGAAGUAGAAAGAGAAGGAGAAAGAGAAAAAAAAGAAAAAGAGAAGAAGGUAGCAAGAUUACAUAUUGAUCAAUCAUUUGCCUCUCCUUCAUGGUUACCUCUUAAGAACCAAUAUAUGUUCAUCGGUUUGACUUCAGUGACCAUCACUCAUUUCAAAGUAAGUUUCUACAAAAAAUACAAUGAGGAGGUGAAGCAGUUUCUGACUCAAUUUUUCAUCAAGAGAAAGCAAAAGGGCUAUAUGGUGAUUAAGGAUCCACGCUCAACUUUCUAUAAAGCUUUAUGCGUAGGGCUUGAUGGGGAUGAAAAUCUCUCUGAGGGUGACUACAUGGAGAAAACAUUGGCACCAAAUCUAGGUGUCUUCAAACAAUGAAUAUAUGAAUUUUUGAGUAGUUUUUGACACUCUGAUUUCUCAUUGUAGACUUAAUUUUGAGCCAGAUCAUUUGUUAAAUACAAUGACAUAUACAAAGGAAAAAGCAAGGUUGAUUUUCCCUUUUUUCAUAACGGUGGUUUAUCACAUAGUAACGGUAUGAUAGAAUUUGUCUAAAUUUUUGCAAGGGACAUUCAGAUGGAUGAAACUGCAAACAACAAUAAUAACCAAGAGAAGCCUCCUUUAUCCCUAGCAGCACAGGUUUUAGCAAUUGCCUUUUCUUAAAACUACAAACAGCAAUAACAAAGAGAAGUCUCCAUUCGUCCUGAUAAAGCAAGUUUUAGCUAUUGUCACUAACCCUAUUAAAGGAAGUUAGAAUUUUGCCAUUGGGUUUCCUAUUUCAGUUAGAGCUCUGGGCAAGAUUAAUUGAAGUUGAAAAUGAUUGCAUUUCAUUAAGCCUGGUUGCUACCCUUAAUGUUUCUAUUCUAGCCUCUAACUUGGUUAUUUUUUUCUUAUUGGGGUUUAAAUAAUGCAGAGAAUGAGUGCAAAGGAGGUGAGAUUGAAAGAGUUCUUAAAUUAAUUUCAUCUUCCUUGAAAGGAAGCAGUUGAAAAAUUGGGAUUUUCUGAAAUUGUAAUGCAUAACAUAUGGCUGAAAAUCGAUGGCACCGGAAGAAGAUGGCUUUAUAGAAAGGUUUGUCUUCAUUGAUUCUUCUCUCCCAAAUAUACUAACAUUCUUUUAUUUACUGGAUGUGUUGUGACACCUCGAAUCGAGGCAUAAUAGAUGCAGCACACCUGCAAGAUGUGAUCCUAUAGAUAUUCAAGGUAAGAAACAUACUAAGACUUAUAAAUCUAAACGAGACAAGCGAGACUGAAAACGAAAAGUUCAUAGCAUGUAGUAUCUUUUAACACGAAAAUGAAAUACUUAAAAAUCUAUGAAUUUUGAAAUAUUUAGUUAAAGUCAUAAA